AUGGAUUUUGCCACCGAACCGUCCAAGACUUCCGCCUCGUUCAUGGAGCCCAUCGACCCUACGUUCUCGUACAUGGACUCGGGUCUGGAGUUUAUCCAAUAUCCUCAGUCGCCAUCAUUUGGUGUAUCAAUGACCCUCCCAGGUCCUUCUGGUUCCCCAGCGAUCGGUUUCAAUUCCCUGAACCUUUCGAACGGACUCGGUGACUACACCUAUUCGUCCCCCGCUGCUUACGGCGCAGCUGCUUCUCCGGCUCGUCCGUACACGCCACCCGACGGAGCUAGUAUCUCCCCGCCAUCGUUGACCUACAACUUGAGCGCUGGUGAGCUCUCGUCCGACGGUAUGGCAUCGGGUCGGCGCAGCCGCGGCAGCGGUACUCAUUCUCCCUCCAACGCUACGUUCCCUUCUUCCGUCCCCCGCUCGCACCGUUUCAACCCCAUGGCGAGCCCAGCGACGAGACCCAUCCACCGAAGGAAGAACAGCCGGGCGAACGAUGACAGUGACGAAGAGGAUGACGAUUUCCAACCCAUCGUAGCCAACUCCGCUGAUUCACGCCGCGAGACAAUCCGCAAGCAGCGCAUCGAGUCAGAACAAAGGCGCCGCGACGAGCUCCGUGAUGGCUAUGCCCGCCUUAAGGACACGCUCCCCCCGUCCAACCAGAAGGCCAGCAAGGUCUCCCUCCUCGAUCGGGCUACCAACCACCUUAGGUAUCUCGAGACCAUCAAAGACCAAUUGGAGAACAGACUGAAGGCUGCUGAGGCCGAGGUUCACCGACUCCGAAGCGUUAACGAGGCGCUCAUGCUAGGCACCGCUGGGCAGCGUCACAAUGGCGUUGCUACUACCAUGGUGCCCACGGCCUCGUUCUAA